AUGGCUUCACCCAAUCCUGAUCUACUUCAACCACCUCGAAGAAUUCCAAAUCCAGAUCAUGUUGUACCUCUCACACCUCACACUCGACCACCUUUCUCGCAUUAUCAUUCUUCAUCAACACUACCACCUACUCCUCACACACCUUAUUCUCCUCGUGCGGCGACUUCGCAGAAUGGAGAGAGUGAUACACGAUUACGUCCAUAUCUAUCACUUUCACCUCGAAUAAUACUUACAUUCUUUUCACCAUGUUUACUUCCAAUCAUCCUUACUAUAGCUCACAUGAUUCAAAAUCGAUCUUCAACAGCUUCAUUAGCAAAUUCUCUUAAACAAUCGAUGCUUUCUGCUUGUAUAGGAUUAGCGAAAGGGGCUGCGUCAAUUCAAACUAUGCCAAGAUAUCUGGCUAUGCAAACGAAUGAUGAAGUUAUAAGAGCGACUCAAGCUAGUAUAUUAGCUAUUGGAAGUACGUUAAUGGAUGCUGUAACUAUUAUUGAAGUUGUUGUGAACUUCAUAAUUGAUACCUAUAGAAGUAUGUUACUUUGUACGAUAGAACUAGCAGUUAGAGGUACUUUGGAAAUAGUAAUUGGCGCUGUAGACGUUAUUACCGAUGCUGUGACAGAAUCUCUGAACUCGAUUCGAAAUGAGAUCCAGUCCGAUAUCUCAGCAGCAAACAGACUUAUUCAGUCCGCUGUCAGUGGAAUCAACUCUGUCACUUCUCUUGUCAACGUCAAUCUAUCAGUACCUGAAUUCACCAUUCCUUCUCUCGACUUCCUUGCUAAUGUCACUAUCCCCACUACAUUCGAAGACAGUUUGAUCAAGCUGAAUACUUCACUGCCUACACUCGGUGAAUUAAAACAGAAGAUGAACGCGAUUAUCGAUGUUCCCUUUGAAGCUCUCAUAAAGGAAAUCAACGAAACCCGAAUUGAGAUUGCGUCAAGUUUCAAUUCAUCUUUGUUACCUGUACCAUCUCUAUCAUCAUUAUCAGCUAACAAAGCAAACGAUCUUCAAACUGAUUUGUGCACAAAUCUCGAUACUUCUUUAAUAGAUGAUACAGCAAAAGCCCUUCACAGAUUAUCCAACAUAGCCAUCGGGUUGAUGUUCUUACUACUGUUCUGUAUAUGGGCAGCAUUGGUCAUUUGGGAAUGGAGGAAAUGGGGAGUAAUGAAAAAUACCGUUGAAGCUGUCGAGGAUGAAUGGAGAAGAGAAAAUAAUGUAGACGCUUGGAGGAUGGUAGCUAUAGUGGAAAACCCAAUGCUGGAAAAGUACUCCAGUAAUAUAUUGGAAAGGAUGGCUCCUUCCAAUAGAAUGAGAAGGAAUUUGAGAUGGUUCCUAUCUUAUCUAGCUCAUCCGACAUGCCUCGCUCUUCUCUUCGUGUCCAUCCUUGGAUUCCUUUGUAUCCAAUUUCAAUUAGUAGCUCUUGAUGCUCUUAAAGCCCAUGCCAGAGAAAAUGCAAACUCGACAGUUGCGGCUUCUACGAAUUCUCUUACGACUAAAUUGAACGCAGCUGCUAUGCAGUCAAGUCAAGAAUAUGCCGAUCAGUAUAAUGCCGCUAUUGCAGCAUAUCAAAGAAGGAUCGAUGACGAAUUAUUCGGCGCGUGGUUGAACACCACUGCGAUAACUUUGAACAGUACCCUAGUCGAAUUCUACGAUGGUGUCGAACAAGUUCUCAAUGCCACAUUUGGCGGUACGAUCCUUUUCAACCCAAUCAACAAUUUCAUGUAUUGUAUCUUGGGAUCCAAGAUUGAUAAUCUCGAAAAAGGAUUAACAUGGAUAUCUGAACAUGCUCAUAUUGACUUACCCACAUUACCGUCCGAUAUAUUAAUGUUGUCACCUGAAUCAAUGAACGAGAUCGCUACUCCAAUCGCUUCAGCAGCCGUUGGAUCAAACGCAACUCCUGAUGGAGAUGAUCAAGGUGUAGUUGGGAGUCUGAUUACGCAUUUCGAAAAUGCUUUAAAAGCAGAAAGGACAUUCUAUGGUAUAAUGUUAGCGAUGUGGGUAUUAUUAUUCCUCAUCGGAAUUAUCAUAGUCAUAUGGAAUUCUGGAGGAAGAGAUAGAUAUUAUACAUUGAGAGGAAGAUCAGUACCUUCCUCUUCGAACAACAAUCAAUCAUUCACUGGAGUAGCAAAAUGGAUACCUUGGUCAAGAAACAAUAAUGAUGUACAUCCUAUAUAUGAUACAUAUUCCGAAAAACAAUUUAGAGGUACCACCCCUACAGAUCCUAACUUACCUCGUAUAAUCGAACCGACCCGCACCCACACACAGAAUAAAGGAGAAGGAGAAAAGAGUUUCUUCGAAUAUCCAAAUUCAAAUUCAGAUAGUAGAAGACCAUUCGUAUCUAGGAAAGGUACAUUUGGAUCUACGUUAUCGUCAUUAGUUGCUCCAGGUCAAGCAUUCCUGAAACUUGCAGGAAGGAAAGUAUCUUCCUCAAACACCAACAAUCAACGUCAAUGUGAAGAUUACGAUAAUGAUACUCACAAUGAAGUAUUGCUCGAAAGAGGAACUUCUUCGGAGAAAUACAAUUCUGGAUUCCAUCAAGAUGGACAACAACUCCAACAAGGAGAAAGAAGUGGAACACCUCAACCAUUCUGGGUGGACAGAUUCUACGGCGCAGUAGAAGGAGUCAAAUCUAUUUUUCCAACUACAGGUCAAAAGCAUGGAGCAGCUAUAGCCAGUGUAGGUCUCGUAAGAAAUGAUAGUUCGAAAACACAAGUUACAGAGAAAAGUUUCGGUGCUAGUCAAAUGCAAUUACCGACUUCACAGAGUAUCAAGCAAGAUUGGCCAAUACAUUCGGAUACAUCAUCACCACCUGCGAUAAAAGGAGCUGAAUGGACAAUGGUUGAUCCGCAAUCUAUUGGAAGAGCUUUGGACACCGAUUAUAUCGAUAAUGAUAAUGGAAGAUAUCCCAAAUCACAAAUUCAUAACUAUGAUUACAAUUAUACUGAUCAAGCUAUAUUUCCAAGGAGGAUGUCUAGGGCUCCUACCAUAAGUGAAGGAUCGACCUUGAGACCUACUACAAAUCCAUUCUCAGACAACGCAAGACCACCUCCUCUACCUUCCAAACUCAUCACAGAUCAAAAACACGAUUCGAUUGAUUGUCUACAAUCAAGUGAGGAUGACUAUGGCAAUCGUGAGGAUAGGUUCGUCUCGGUAACUUCUCCAACUUCAAGUUCAAGAAGCUAUUUCGCAGCUGAACCAAUUGUAAAAUCAGUCAGUAAAGUAAAAGUGGGUGAUUCAAGUUUCGAAGGAAGAGGUACAACUGCUUUAGCUGGAAUAUUGAACGGACUACAAGAGAAAAGGAAGAAACAGGUUAAUAUGCGAAAAGAUGUUGAUCCAUUUGGUGAUAGCAGAAGAAUUGCGUAG